GUGUAGAAGCGAAAGAAAACUUAUGCGUCGGAUAAGAGGCGACUGGCUUCACUGCAGAUCACAAAUGACGGUUCACUUGACUGUCUUCACUAAACAGUCUGGACUCUGCAGGGUUCAAAAGGCGAUGUUGGCGAUGGUUUUCAGGUCAGCUGUCACUAGAUAUAAGGGGUUGCGGUUGCCUAGUCAAACUGUGGCCAGAGCCAUGUCAUCUUCAGGUGGUGCCACCCCUCCGUACACGACCCUGGCCAUCAGUCGCCCUACAGAGUCCAUCACGCAUGUUGAACUUCACCGGCCUGAGAAACGCAAUGCCAUGAACAGUGCUUUCUGGAGUGAGAUGCUGACCUGCUUUAAUGAGCUCUCUGAGGACCCCGAGUGCAGAGCGGUGGUAGUUUCUGGAGCAGGGAAGCUCUUCACAGCUGGUGGUUUGAAAACCCUUCCCUUCUUCUUCAGCCGAGUGUUUGCAGAUAAGGAGGCGAUGAUGGCUGGAGCUCUGGAGAUUGCUGGAGAGAUUGCUGGUCGCAGCCCAGUUGCUGUGCAGGGCACCAAAAUAAACCUCAUCUAUGCCAGAAACCACAGCGUAGCAGAUGGAUUGGAUUACAUUGCCACGUGGAACAUGAGCAUGCUUCAGACUGAAGAUCUGAUGAAAUCAGCUCAGGCAGCCCUCGAGAAGAAGAGUCCCAAAACGAAGACAUACUCUAAACUCUGAACAGCAGUGAGGCAAAGCUCAGAUACAGAAAGUGCCUCUUUCCUCCUCCACUACGGCCGUUCUUACACCAAUUUUAUAAAUGAAAAUUACAUUUACUAGCUGGAGAUCUGUAUCCACACUAGACAGUAUUUUAAUGUCAUUAUGUGUUUAAUAAUUCAUCCAGGUUCAUAUUUCUCCUGCUCUAAUAUCAGAUAUGGAUAUUAUUUAACUAAGGCAAAUCUUAACUGACUGAGCUGAGAAACACUUUGUACAUCUGUAAACGACCUCCUGAAUGUUUCCUUAUUAAAGACACUUGUGUGAAAGUGA